AUGGGACAGGACAGCAUCUACCUUCAAGUUCUCUCGGGCGACCCUACCGAACCGCAGCAUAAGAAUGCAAAGCGCGUGCUGAAACUUUUGAAUCGCGGAAAGCACUGGGUUCUGGUUACGCUGCUCUUGUCAAACGUCGUCGUAAACGAGUCAUUGCCUGUUGUUUUGGACCGAACUCUUGGCGGGGGCGUUGCUGCGGUCGUCGGCAUGAAGCUAACAACGGUAGUUAUCUUUGGUGAAAUCGUUCCUCAGUCCAUCUGCGUGCGAUACGGACUCCCUAUCGGCGGAUACAUGUCGACGCCAGUUUUGAUGCUCAUGUACUUGACUGGUCCCAUAUCGUGGCCUAUCGCCAAGCUCCUUGACUGGAUUCUUGGAGAGGACCAUGGCACUCUGUACAAGAAGAGCGGCCUCAAGACGCUUGUCACCCUCCACAAGUCCCUUGGAGAGCUCUCGGAGCGAUUGAACCAGGAUGAGGUCACCAUUAUUACAGCUGUUUUGGACUUGAAGGAUAAGCCCGUUGCUGAAGUCAUGACCCCUAUGGACGAUGUUUACACCCUUUCUGAGGACCACAUCCUUGAUGAGAAGACAAUGGAUGAUAUUUUGUCCUCAGGAUACUCGCGCAUCCCCAUCUAUCGCUCUGGAAACCACAUGGACUUUGUUGGCAUGCUUCUUGUCAAGACUCUCAUCACGUACGACCCCGAGGAUAAGAUCCCCGUUCGCGAAGUGCCCCUUGGAGCUAUUGUCGAGACAAGACCGGAGACCAGCUGCUUGGACAUCAUCAACUUUUUCCAGGAGGGCAAAUCUCACAUGGUGCUUGUUUCGGAAUUCCCUGGAUCGGAUCACGGUGCCCUGGGUGUUGUUACUCUUGAGGAUGUUAUUGAGGAGCUGAUUGGAGAGGAAAUUGUUGAUGAAUCCGAUGUCUAUGUCGAUGUCCACAAGGCCAUUCGACGCCUGACUCCCGCCCCCCGAGCCCGUCGUAUCCAAGCCGGAGCUGCCGCUGUGGCUGCCACCGCCAGCAGACAGGCACCUGAAGCUGCCAUUCUCGUCGAUGUUGAUGAAAACCAUGUGACCCCUAACCUCGAAACUGCAUCCUACCACAGCAACUAUGAGGGCGGAUUUCACAACGGAGCCAAGACUGCUAUCCACAUGAAGCGCAGAACUUCGGACGGCGGCAUUGAAGGAACCCCGGUUGUUGUCAAGGCCAGCUUGGAUGAGAUGCGGCAGCAGCUGCGUCUGGGUCCCGCCAACCGAGCCACAAAACCUCUCAACAACACUCGCGGCAGUCUCUUCAAGAUCAAGCAGGGGCUCGGCGCAAAUCAGGCGACUCCCCUCGAAACUUCAACCUCAACUUCAAGUCGUCUGCCCCCGCGAGCGGCUUCACACAUUGGCUUCACAAGUACGCAGCGUCUCGGAGGACAUGAGCGAACGCCGCUAUUAGGCAACGACCACGAGGAGGCUGUUGAGGACGAUACCGAUCACGGACCUAAAACCAAUGGUGCAAAGUAGGAGAUAUGAGUAUGACAUCAGCGAGCAGGUGUCUCUGGCAACUGCACGUACAUCAGCGUCUCAGGCUAAUAGGUAGCUCGAGCGAGGACAGUUAGUGUCCGUAACAUUUCGUAAUGACAUUCUUGUUCUCUUU